UUACUUUUACAUGUAUAUAGCUACAGUAAGAGAUGAGAGUCAGUUUGUCAUUUGAUUGAGUCUGAUUGAAUCUGAAACGCAAUGGCUACAUCAAAAACCACGAACACAUACAACAGACAAAAUUGGGAGGAUGCGGAGUUCCCGAUAUUAUGCCAAACGUGUUUAGGAGACAAUCCAUAUAUUCGUAUGACAAAAGAGAGAUACGGGAAAGAAUGUAAGAUAUGCAUGCGGCCAUUCACGGUAUUCAGAUGGUGUCCAGGAGCGAGAAUGAGGUUUAAGAAGACUGAGGUGUGUCAGACAUGCAGUCGAUUGAAAAAUGUCUGUCAAACCUGUUUGCUCGACUUGGAAUACGGCUUGCCCAUUCAAGUUCGAGACGCCGCCUUGAAGAUCAAGGAUGAUCUACCACGCUCCGACGUGAACAAGGAGUAUUAUGUACAAAAUAUAGAUAACGAAAUUGGAAAAAUGGAUCCGACAACACCAGCAGGCGCCGUUGGCAAAUCCGCCGCAGCUAGCGAUCUACUGAUGAAGCUUGCAAGAACAAGUCCUUAUUAUAAGAGGAACAGACCUCAUAUUUGUUCGUUUUGGGUAAAGGGCGAGUGCAAGAGAGGAGAGGAAUGUCCAUAUCGUCACGAAAAACCAACGGAUCCAGACGAUCCACUGGCUGAUCAGAACAUAAAGGAUCGUUACUACGGCGUGAAUGACCCGGUAGCGGAUAAGCUGAUGCGAAGAGCGGCAGCCAUGCCAAAACUUGAUCCACCUGAGGACAAGUCGAUCACAACUUUGUACGUUGGCAAUUUGGGAGAUGUACUAACGGAGAAACAAUUGCGCGAUCACUUUUAUCAGUACGGCGAGAUUCGUUCGGUAACGAUGGUUCCACGUCAGCAAUGUGCCUUUAUCCAAUAUACUCAGAGAAGCGCCGCCGAGGCAGCGGCGGAAAGAACAUUUAAUAAAUUGAUAUUGGGAGGUAGACGACUCACCAUAAAAUGGGGUCGCUCUCAGGGAAGACAAACCGUGUCCGCGUUAGAAGCUACGAGGGAGAUACUCGAACCUGUUCCAGGAUUACCCGGAGCAUUACCACCGCCACCGGAGAGCAUGGGAAACAAUUUCUUCAAUCUGCAAACCACUUCCGGCAUGAUGCCACCGAUGAUGAUUCCACCACCGCCGGUCACGCCUCAAUUUAUGUUCCCGCAAAUGACCGCUGCAGCUGCACCGAUUUUCCCUCCCGGAACAACACCUAUACAUUAUCCGAGCCAAGAUCCAUCUAGAAUGGGCGCGUCGCAAGGUAUCGGCAAGCCUUGGCCAGAGGAAUAGAUGUAAAACAAAAAGUAUUUAUAUAUAUAUAUAUAUAUAUAUACAUAUUAUAUAUAC